AUGGAAGAUAAUGUUCACAAGCAGUACACGUACAGGACAUCACUUCCCGUGGCUCAAUUCAGCCGUGGCGACUUCUCCCUGUGGUCAGUUUUAAAGAACUGUGUUGGCAAGGAAUUAUCCAAGAUCACCAUGCCUGUGGUAUUCAACGAACCACUUUCCUUCCUCCAGCGGAUGCUGGAGUACCUGGAGUAUGCUCAUCUUCUGAGGAUGGCGUCAGAACAGACAGAUCCUGUUAAUCGGAUGGAGUAUAUUGCUGCAUUUGCAGUUAGCGCUCUAGCCUCAAACUGGGAGCGCCUCGGUAAACCAUUUAAUCCUCUCCUCGGUGAAACCUUUGAGCUGGAACGUACUGAGUUCCGUGCAGUUUGUGAACAGGUGUCUCACCAUCCCCCAGUAUCUGCGUUCCACGCCGAGAGCCCCCACUUCGUCUUCCACGGCUCAGUGCACCCUAAACUCAAGUUUUGUGGCAAAAGUGUUGAGAUUCAGCCCAAAGGACACGUCACUGUAGAAUUGCCCAGAUGGGGUGAAGCCUACACAUGGAGUAACGUAAACUGCUGCGUUCAUAACGUGAUAGUUGGCAAGCUCUGGAUGGAACAGUACGGUAGCAUGGAGGUGACGUGCCAUGGAGGCGCUGGCCUUAAAGCCAACCUCUGCUUCAAACCAGCUGGGUUCAAUAAUAGGGACUUGCAUAGGGUUGAUGGAUUUGUUAUGGACUCCAGCAAAAAGCGCUUGCGGUACUUGUACGGUAAAUGGACACAAUACAUCAAGUGCUGCUCAGCUCCUACUUACGAACAAUGGGCGAAAGAGAGAGGAGAAGAUGCCAGCACACAACAGACGCCAUCGCACACGCCGAAGAAAGUGCUCGCUAAGCUCAACAGCUUCAAAGUUGGGGCUUUGCGUUCUAUGUCUAUACAAGACGACGACCCUGAGACUUCAGACGAAGUGCCAAAGCCAGACGAAUCCUAUAACAUUGAUAUCCCCGGAUCCGUCACACUAUGGGAGGCAAGUCCAAGACCUGGGAACAGUGCGCAGUUUUACCAAUUCACGGAAUUUGCAAUGUCCUUAAAUGAAUUGGAGCGUGAUAUGAAAGGACAAUUGUGUCCGACUGACAGCCGGCUUCGACCGGACGUACGACUAUUGGAACAAGGUGAUAUAGAUGGUGCCGCUGCUGAGAAGACCAGAUUGGAGGAGAAGCAGAGGACAGCGAGGAAGUUGUUGAAGAAAUCGCCAGAAGCUUGGCAACCCAGGUGGUUUAGCCAAGGCACAAACCCAUAUACCAAACAGGAAGAUUGGCUUUACAACGGCGGCUAUUGGGAUAGGAACUACCAACACCUGAAAGAUGUCGAUAUAUUUUAA